AUGAGCGGAUGGAUGAGCCCACCGAGCCUCCUGGAGCUGGCGGUGCAGAGCCUGGUCAGGGAUGAGGCCUUGGCCAUCGCUGCUCUGGAGGAGCUGCCCAAGGAGCUCUUCCCACCACUGUUCACGGUGGCCUUCUUCAGGAGACGCAGCGAGACCCUGAAGGCGAUGGUGCAGGCCUGGCCCUUCGCCUGCCUCCCUCUGGGGGCACUGAUGAAGGAAAAGCGGCCCACCCAAGAGAUCUUCCAAGCUGCGCUGGACGGGCUGGAUGGGCUUCUUGCCCAGGAGGUUCGCCCCAGGAGGUGGAAACUGCAAGUACUGGAUUUACGGAAGAACGCUCAUCAGGACUUCUGGACCGUGUGGUCCGGAACCAGGCUCGGUGUGUGCUCGUGGCUGGAGCCAGCUGCGGCCCAGCCCGUGAGGAAGAAGCAAAAAGUGAAUGCUUCAAGCACGGCGGCGGCGGAGCAGCCCUUGGCUCCCGUGGAGGUGUUCAUAGAUCUGUCCCUCAAGGCAGGCAACCAAGACGUAUUGCUCACCUCCCUCAUUGAGAAAGUGAAGCAGAGGAAAGGUUUGCUGCACCUGUGCUGUAAGAACCUGAAGAUAUUUGCGAUGCCCAUGCAGAAUAUUAAGAUGAUCCUGAGCAUGGUGCAGCUGGAGUCCAUCGAAGUUUUGGAAGUGAAUUGCACCUGGAAAUUGUCCACCCUGGGGAAGUUUUCUCCUCUGCUGGGCCAGAUGAGUAAUCUACAGCGACUCCUCCUCUCCCACAUCAACAUGUCCUCCACGUCCCCGGAGAAGGAAGAGCAGUGUGUCGCCCAGUUCACCUCUCAGUUCCAUUGUCUGCUCCACCUUGAGAAUCUCUACUUGGACUCUAUCUCCUUCCUCAAAGGCCGCCUGGACCAGGUGCUCAGGUGCCUGAAGAACCCUUUGGAGACCCUCUCGAUAACUAAUUGCCAGCUUUCAGAAUCCGACUUGACCUGUCUGUCCCAGAGUCCCAGCAUCAGUCAGCUGAAGGACCUGGGUCUGAGUGGCGUCAUCCUGACCGAUAUAAAUCCUGAGCCCCUCCAAGUUCUGCUGGAGAGAACCUCUGCCACCCUCCAGGACCUGGACUUAGAUGAGUGUGGGAUCAUGGACUCCCAGUUCGUCGUCAUCCUGCCUGCCCUGGGCCGCUGCUCCCAGCUUACGACCUUCAGCUUCUGCGGGAACCCCAUCUCCAUGGCCGUCCUGGAGAGCCUCCUGCACCACACCAUCGGGCUGAGCAAGCUCAGCCACGUGCUGUACCCCGCCCCGCUGGAGAGUUACGAGGACGUCCAAGGUACCCUCGACCUGGGCAGACUGGCCUACCUGCACGCCAAGCUGAAGCGGAUGCUGCACGAGUCAGGGCGGCCUGGCAUGGUCUGGUUCAGUGCCAACCCCUGUCCUCGCUGUGGGGACAGGACCUUCUAUGACCCGGAGCCCAUCCUGUGCCCCUGUUUCAUGCCUGUCUAG